AUUCAGGGGCCCCCAGACAUUCAGGGGCCCCCAGACAUUCGGGGGCCCCUACUAAUGGUCUAAUUGUAAGACAGACUAUAGAUCUAAAGCUGUGGCAUCAUUUAUAGAGAUUGACGAUGUUAUUAAAUUUUAUUUAAUGAAUUCAGCUGAGAAAAAAAACUAUUAUGAUUUAAUUAGGACGUUUACUUUGUAAAAGUUUCAAGAACCAUCUUAAUUACCUUGUUACCAUGGCUACAAUAUGGCGUAAUCUUUGUGUUUGAAUUGGGUUUGUUUACAAAUACAUCACAGCAAACAAUCAAUGAUCAGUCAUUGAUUUUAAACUGGGCCAAUAAACCUGAUCUCCUCUCACAGAUUCACCUCAUCAAUAGUUAAACAUGUCAGCAGUCAGUGCUGCAGCAAAUCAGAAAAAGCCUCUGACAGCAGAAACCAUUUUCCUGUUCCUCUGCUGAUCCACCUCCUUUGCUUUUGCUGCUCCUCUUUAAAUCUGUCGGGACAGAAAAAUGUUAGAGAUGGUUUUUAACGUCCUUUGUCUCUCUGCAUCCAUGAAGGUCCUCAGGAUCUGGGGUCAAAGUUCAAAUGUAAUUUCAGUUUUUGAGAUGCUGAUGUAAAAAUAUAACACACCUUGUUGCUAUGUAACACGUCAUAACACCUGGGUGAAGUGAAGCAUCCAGGACCAGAGGGAAUAACCGUCUGAACAGCAAUGACUCAACUACCGUCCAGAAGAACCAAUCAGAACCACAGGAGCCCCCGAUGGGCCCAAAAGGAGGGAGUCACCAUAGCUACCAGAGAGUCCACCGGAAGCUCCAGGUGACCCCGGCGACCCUAAUGAGAACGUUAACCUGGGAUCAGAUGUUCUGCAGAAACCAGAAGUCAUCAACCUGACAUCUGCUUUCACUUCCAGCUUUCUUCAGUGACCUCUGACCUCAGCUCAUCUCAGGUAAGCUUGCUUUCUGCUAGUGUGGUUGGUGGCGUCUCGUUCUGACCAAUCAGGGACUCGGCUGGGUUGAUUGGUGCCAGCUUGCAUCUGAUUGGUUCUGCCUGGUGAGACACCCUUAGCCAAUCAGAAUGCAGCACAGUGACAUCACAGUCCAUUGAUCAGAGUGUUUGUGUUUCCUGAUCAGGUCUGUAGCCCCGCCCCCUCCACUCAGUCAUUGGCUGAAGCAGCCAACUCACUUGCUCAUUGGCUAGUGGGAAGGUGGGCGGAGCUAUCAGGUUUUGGAGGAAGAGGAGGAGUCUGUAAAUCCACGAUGAGCCGGCUCUGCUGCAGACAACAAGUGUUCAGAGAGGAAGAGGAGAACGAAGAGGACGAGAAAGACCAGGUUACUGAGGAGAGGAAGCAGGAAACGGAGGUUACCACGGCAACACAGGAGACGUCACUGCAGCAGCGAGGACAGAGGACACUCAGGUUGUAGAAGCUUAUGGACAAUGGACCUGCUGCUCUCUCGACUAAGCACCAUAGGCUUCAGGGUUCUGCAGGGUUCAUGGAAGUCCAGCAGCUCACUGAGUAUUUAGCUAGCAGGAAGGAGCAGGUUGCUAAAGUGGCCACCAUGUCUCAGCCAGGUAAAGUUCUCCACCUCUAUGUGGAAGUCCGGUCCGUUUCAGAAGAGGACGAGAUGUUCCUGGAGCGAGGCGAUGGUGGAACCAACCAGUUGAUGCUGCAGUGUCCAGAUCUCGUCUCUACCUCCCAAAGGAGCUCCAGCCACUCCAGUCCCAAUCGGAGUCCAGAUCUUUCGCCGGAGAUACCGCGCCGUUCGCCAAGGGCAAACCACUGCUCCCCUAAGUCUUCUUCUAGGCAUUCAGUCAGCUUCCAGCUCCAGAACCCUCACUCCUCUGCAGCCCAGUUCCACCAUCAGGAAACUUUGGAUGAAAAUUUUGAUCCCUCCUUUCAAUCGUCUACAUCUUCACCCUGGCUGACUGUGCCCUCCACCUACACCACCUGUCCCAGGUCUUGUGAGGUCCCAGAGAUGGUGGAAGAAGAUGGACGGAUGUCUUUGGUGUCCUUUGGAUACAUAGAGAAAGGCAGCGUCAGCAGCAUGGCUGGACACCAACAGGAUGCUAACAGAAGAUCAGAGGGCCAGCAGCUUGCUGCUCAUCUGAAGAAGAGGAUGAGUGACCCAAUGUGGUACGGAGAUGAAACCUUACCUGGCAACAGCCACCAACAGCAGCCGAGGAGGGACUCCUCACGGGGACAACCCUACUUAUCAAAGGCAACCAUGGUUGCAGUGGCCAGAGAUGCUACCUACCGGGCCUUAGAGGAGUUUGGGUCUCCAGAACUAAGACGCAGGUUUGCAGGCCAUGCUUCAGGGAGCCACAGUCCAUCUUUACCUCGACCUUCUCAGUCUCCUCGCUGCCGGUCUUUGGGUGGAUCACCUGUCCUGUCCCGAAGUACUCUUACCCUACCGUCAAGGACUGAGUUCCUGGAGAUGGAUCGAAGGUUCUGUCAUGGUUCAGUGAACGGAUUACCCAGAAGUCCUGCAUCUGACCGCUUAUGUGCUCAAACAGGAGAUUCUUUUUACUCAAUGACCCGACCCCAAGGUCCUACUCGAAGCCCACAGAAGUCCUGGCUGCAUGAAGACAGUCAUAGGUUGCUCAAUAAAUUUCACCCUCCGUUACCUGCAGGAAGACCCACAGACAUUCAGCAUGAGACUCCUUUUAGGACUGAGCACCAAGCUGGGAGCUCCUACCACAAUCUUGGUACCAGGACCAGCUCCAGUCAUCCUGCAGCAGAACCUGUGAGCUUCAGCUCCAGCGAUCCCCGCAGUAGGAGUCCGUACCAUCCGUCCCGCUGUAGCAGCAGAACGAGCGAUGCAAACAGUCCCAUCAGUGACAGGAAGAGCAUCUCUCCAUACUCCAUCUCUGAUCUGGAUUGUAAGGUUCUUGGAGAGUGCAACAGAAUCUCUGUUGGUUCUGCAGACAGACGGUACAAAUGGACCCCCUCUCCAACUCCCUCUGAUGCUGAUUCUGUGAGAUCUGAGAGUCCCAAACAUUCAGGAACGUUACCAAAAGAAUCUCCUCUCUGGCAAUCUCCCCUUGAGGCUUUGCAGAUGGAGAACUGGAACCAGAAUCGGAAACCAGAAACACUGGUACCGCAAACGAAACCAGGAUGCAUUUCUCCUGGGUUAUCCAAAAGAGCUCCACCAGUGUCUCCUGCCUUGCUAAGUAAGUUGGAUCAGUUACCGGCUUCCAGGUCGCCCAUGUUGGAUCCCCGACUGAUGUGGACAUCGUCACCAACUAAAGAUGGGUCCAACUUGCACCGGUACCAGUCGACUCAGCUCACAAGCGACCAUAGACCUCUGGUCCUGGAGCAGAGGCAGCAUGAUGAUCUGCUGGACUGGUCAUCAGCAUCCAGCCCCGAGGUCCCCAGAAGCAACACAUCCAGCCAGAGGGCAGAGUGUCCGCUGGGGAGAUGGACCUCCAAAGGACAAACUGUCCAUCAGUCGUCUUCUGGAGUUCACAGUGAGAGCAGCGAUCAAUGCUGUAGACCAGACGAUCGAGGAGUCCAUAAACAGCUAGCCCAGGAGUGCCAGCUGCUGGUUCUGGGAAUGUCCAAGAAUCAGAAAGAGACUCAGGAUCAUGGUGCCCCCCCGGGGACUUUGUCCUCCAGCUCCAGUGGGGUCACAGGAAGCCUGGGACACAGCGUGUCCCCUGAAACCUCCAGCCAGUCCAGUCACGGCACUGCGGACGGUGGUUCUGGGAUGCAGGUUGGCUGGACAGGGCGGGAGAGGCGGGACUGGUCCACGUCGGACCGGAUUGCUCCAUCCAGCCCUUCGUCUCGGUCCCAGAAGAUCGCCAGGGCGAAGUGGGACUUCCUGUUUGGAGGUCUGACGGAUCCGGGCCGCCGAAGCAGAGACGUUUCGUCCUUCACGCCACCACCGAGCGGCUCGCCCAGCACCACCCCGCCCUCCUCCCUCCACCUGCAGCUGACCAAUCAGAGGAGGGGGAGGGACCAGCAGAACCAGAAGCUCUCUCAUCACGAGGUGCAGCAGGUCGAGGUGGAGCUGGUGACCCCUGACCCCCGAAGCCCCGCCCCAAAGACCGGCAUCAUCCGGCGGUCCAUCAAGUACUCUGAGACGGACCUGGACGCCGUGCCGCUGCGCUGCUACCGGGAGACAGACCUGGACGAGGUGAUGCGAGCGGAGGCCGAGACCGCCGAAGAGGCCGGUCCGGGUUUCAGCCGCAGCGUUCUGGGAAAGUCCUGCUUCAGCCCGGAGGACGGGUCGUCCAGGUUCGACCCGACGGGCCUCAGGGAGCAAAACGGCCAGGUGGAGGAGGACGAGGAAGAUGAGGAGGAGGAGGGCGUGGCCAGCUGGGCCAGCGUCCGCAUGCAGGGCGACCGCCAGAGGCAGCGCGCCGCCAGAGAGGAAGACGAGGUCCUCGGUCUGCUGCUGAAGGGAACCACGGCACCGCCAUCCGAGGACCACGGCGGCCUGAGGUCGCCGGCGGCGGUCGUCGCCCGGCGACCGUCAGAGAGCCAGUUGGACUCGUUCAGCCGCCACUUCGAGAACAUCAUGGAGUCGCACCGCGCCAAGGGGACGUCAUACAGCAGCCUGGACAGCGUGGACCUGCUCACCUCCGGAUCCACCUCCGUCUUCACCUUCGACCUGCCCACGCUCACCCCCGAGAUACAGAGUCAGAUCUGCGAGAGCGCCAAGCAGAUCCUGGAGCUGAGCUUCGCUCCGCUGACCCGGCCCGAGUCGUCCUCCUCUGACACGGCCCUCGGCGCCGGGCCGGGCCCCCCGGUCCGAUCCCGGUCUGAGAAGGACACAUGGCGGCGCUCCAUCGUCAGAGACAGCUUCAGGAAGGCGACGUCGGUGCCAGUGCUGCACAGCAGGGAGCGUCAAGCGGACCAGCUCGACCCAGAGGUUCUGGAGGUUCUGACCAACGGCCUGAAACCGGACCUGGAGGCAGCCCGGCGCCUCGCCAAGCGGCUCUAUGCUCUGGACGGGUUUCGCAAGUCCGACGUGGCACCGCACCUCAGCAAGAAUAACGACUUCAGCCAGUUGGUGGCGCAGGAGUACCUGGAGCACUUCAACUUCAGCGGCUUUGAACAUCGACCAGGCUCUCAGGUGAGACGUUUCUGACCCGGUUUUUCUCUGAUGGGAGAAACCCAGGAGAGAGAGAGAGUCCUCGCUCACUUCUCCAGGAGAUACAGGCAGUGUAACCCCCAGACGCUGUCCACUGAAGACAGCGUCCACACCCUCACCUGCGCCGUCAUGCUGUUGAACACUGAUCUCCAUGGAAACAACGUGGGGAAGAGGAUGUCUUGCAGCCAGUUCAUAUCCAACCGAGGACUGAACGACGGGAAGGACUUCCCCAAAGACUUGCUAAAGACGCUGUACAGCUCCAUCAGGAACGAGAAGCUGCAGUGGACCAUUGAUGAAGAGGAGCUGAGGAAGUCUGAGACAGAGCUGGCCGACGCCCGCACCGACUCCGCCUCCCAGACCAUGCGGCGCGUCGCCGGAUGCAACCCGCUGGUGGGCGUGGCCCAGCAGGCUGAUGGCGAACUCUACAAGAGCGGCUUCCUGGUGAGGAAGGUCCACGCCGACCCGGAUGGGAAGAGAACUCCUCGGGGGAAGAGAGGCUGGAAAACCUUCUACGCCAUGCUGAAGGGUCUGGUCCUCUACCUGCAGAAGGACGAGUACCGGACGGAGCGAGAGCCGACGGAGGACGACGUGAAGAACGCCGUGUCCGUCCACCACGCUCUGGCCAUGAGGGCCGCCGACUACCACAAGAGACCCAACGUCUUCUACCUGAGGACGGCCGACUGGAGGGUCUUCCUGCUGCAGGCGCCGAGCGCUGAGCAGAUGCAGUCGUGGAUCACCAGGAUCAACGCCGUGGCGGCCAUGUUCUCUGCUCCUCCGUUCCCGGCCGCCAUCGGCUCCCAGAAACGCUUCAGCCGCCCGCUGCUGCCCGGGUCCAACACCAAGCUGACCCAGGACGAGCAGCUCCAGGCCCAUGAGAACCGGUUCCGGGCGGUUUCCUCGGAGCUGACGGACUCGCCGCCGCGCACGCCCGACCGCAGGGUCAAAGGUCGUGAGCUGGAGGAACAGAAGCUGCGGAGGGAAUACCUGGAGUUCGAGAAGACGCGGUACGGGACGUACGCCAUGCUGCUGCGGGCCAAGAUGGCGGACGGCGGCGCCGACCUGGCCGCCUUCGAGGCGCGGCUCUGUGGCGACGCCGGCCUGCAGAGGGCGCACUCCAGCCCCUCGCUGCCCCAAGACGCCCAGGACAAGAGCCGCGGCGCCAAGACGUCCCGCAGCCUGAAGGCCACGCCCUCCUCGUCCUCAUCCUCGGUGACGAAGAGUGGCGCCAAGGAGGGGGCGGGGCCAAAGAACGGCCACAGGACGGAGCUUCAGAAGCAGAGCAGCAAGCAGGAGGAGACGGCGUAACGUUCAGGCGCCGUCGGACAAAACGCUGAGGAACUUUGCUCCCAGCGAGACGUUCAAGAACGGUGGGAAAACAGACGCUCAUCCAGGAAGCACUUCCAGCCGCUGGCCUUUCACAGUAAAAGCUUUAUUUCAGAGCAGCGAACUGAGAGUGGCGCGUUCAAGAUCACCAACGCAUCAGAGGAAAUUAUAGUUGCAUCGUCUCAGAUGGAACUUGAGAGGAAACAACCGACCAGAACCAGAACUUUCCUGUCUCCUUCCUUCAGGUUCUGCUGGAGACAAACAAGAAGUACGGAGAACCAUUAGGGACAAAAAAACUGAUCCCCAUUUUAACCUGCAGAUCAGUCCAACUGAUGCAGAACCUCCAGUUCCGGUUCUGGAUUCUGGACCCGGCUCAGAGUAAAAAAUGUUCCAGAUGUGAAAUUCAUUCACAGAAUUUUAAUUGGAUCCUGAAUUCAACCAAAGAUCCUCUGUGCUGGAAGAUGUCUCACUUCUGUUUUUAUUUGACCAGAUUCUGUGUGUGUGUGUGUGUGUGUGUGUGUGUGUGUGUGUGUGUGUUUGUUCGUUUAUUGUCCAGGCUGUGGUUCUUGAUGCUGCCACUGGGGGGCGACAGUCAGUCGUACUGGAUCAGAACCAGAACCAACGUUUGAUGUUUUAGGCCGAAGAACAGGAAAGCUCACAGAACUGAUCAUCAGUAUCAGUAUGAAAGUUUUCUGGUUCUGAUCCGCCUCCAACUGGCAGCAGGGAACUGGAUCAGAACCAAACUCUUCAAGAGUCAGGUUCUUUUCUUUGACCAUCAGAACCAAACUGGGUUCUGUUCAGAUUCAGACUGGAUCAGAACCAGUAAGUGUCGAGACCAACCCGUCCUCUUCCUCAGGCUGCAGUUGAAGACCAAGACCGGUUCUGGUCGGUCCAGAGCGAACGGAGUCACUGCAGUACCAGAACUGCAAUUUCUGGUUCUGUGUAAAUAAGUCGGACCGGAUCCGACCGGACGUCAGAAAUUUGUUGUAAAUAAAGUUGGACCUUCAGAACCAGAAGAAGCCAUACAGCCGCACUUUGCUUUGAGUCAGAACCAGGUCGAAUCGGACCGGAACCGGCCUGUGUUGUACAGAUGUCCCUUUCCGUCUCGAACCAUUGAGCAAAAUAAAAACAUGGACCGGAACCGAACAU